GCGAUCGCGGGCGGUGGGCGGGGCCAGGCCGCCCGCUCCGGUCGCCCGUGGAGACGGGGCUGAGGGAGAAGGACGGGAGCGGCGGGCGGAUCAUUACACCGAUAAAAUCAAAGCAAGCCGGACACGGGGCAAGACAGCCUAUGUAGACUAAAGAAUUUGAAGGUCACGUAACCUGAGGGCAAGCUGGAUCUCGUGACUCCCAGCCUGGUGCUUUAAUCACGGGCCGCUCCUGCUUUACAUGCCAACUUCACCGCUUCGCUGAAAAUGUCUGGCAAAACAGCUAGCACGACCAACAACAUAGCUCAGGCCCGAAGGACCGUCCAGCAGUUAAGAAUAGAAGCCUCAAUAGAAAGGAUAAAGGUGUCAAAAGCAUCAGCAGACCUAAUGCUCUACUGUGAAGAACACGCCAAGAAAGACCCGUUGCUAAUGGGCAUCCCCGCUUCUGAGAACCCUUUCAAGGACAAGAAAACCUGUGUUUUGCUGUAGGAGAGCGGCAGCUCCUCCGCAGCCCCCCCGGGCAAAGCAGCCGCCGGCGGGCGUGCAGGCAGAUACUCCUAAGGUACCCGCUCUUCGCUGCGGCAGAGCGGCCGCCCUUUUACCAAGCGUAGAAACGAUUUCUUAAGCUUUCCCGAGCAUUUCUUCUCUUCCCUCUCUUUAUUAGGAAGCGAGGUUUCAAACUGAAUUAACUUCUUUCUUGCCCGAGGGGAUGGGGUCUCUGCCCGCUGCGCUGGGACGGGCAGGGCGAGCGGGGACCUGGGCCUCUGCAGGGCCGGGGUCGGCUUCGCUUUUCAAUUUACACAAACAAGACCAAAGUUGCCCGAGCUCCGCUGACAGAGCAGAGGCAAAGGUGUAGCAACCUGAUUAAACACCAUUGGGUUUACAUUUAUUGGGGUUUUUUUAAUUAUGUAUGCAGGGAGGGGGUGGGGGGGGGGGGCGUACCUGUGUUGGUAGCAUGUGUUUCUGCACAGAUGCAUUUAGAAGUGCAUUAUCUAGCAAAAGCUACCUUGAAAAAAUGAUUGUAGCAGCUGCUGGUGAACUCCAGGGAGCCACACCUGCAGCCUUCCUUACGUCGGCUUCUCGGGACAGGGGGGUUUUUAAGUGUAAAACCUGAAGCAUCAAGAAUCAGAGAUCUGCAAAUUUAUUUUCCUGCUUUUUAAGAGGAGUUGAAAAAGCUGAAUUUUCAGCACCGAUUCUGCUCCUCUGCAUUUUCUUCCCUAAUUAAAAAUCUGUGUUGGUAUAAAAAAGCCCUGUCAGAAGAAUCAAAGGCUGCGAGCUAGUUCUGCCCUGGCCUCGUGCUGAGCUGGAGGCAUGGUUCUGUCACCCAAAGUCCCAGUUACAUUUUGUGCAGGGAGUCAGAGUUGGACUCUUUUUAAAAUUAAUUUUUAAAGGGGGAAAAAUGCCAAAUUAUAUCCAGAUUGUGGUUGUGCAGAUAAAAUUGGAGGGCCUUUCCAUCAAGUAAGUGAUUUUAUAUAUACAUAAUAAAAAUGUCUUUCUCUGUG